AUGGAGACGUAUCGUCGAUUAGAAGAGCUAAAAGAGAGUAUAGGACGGGAUUUUCGAGGUAAGCAUGGUUAAAACAACACUCGUGUGUAGCUUUUUAUUUAAUAUCUUAAUUGAGUUUUAGUUUAAGCUUAAAUUUGAUUGUCGUGUGAACUUGAGUGUAAACUUGAUACAGUUUACAUUAGAACUCCGUCAACUCUGUAAGUACGCCCAACUUUUAAGUUGAUUUAAAAAUCGAACAACAUGCAUUUUUUACGUUGCACGUAUCAGAUCUUGAGGAGAGGUGUAGUGAUGCAGAAAACAAGGUCCGGUGUUUGGAGAAAGCAAACAGUGCGGCAAAGGAAUUGUCCAGUCAGCUUCAAAGUGAAAAUGCGAGGUAUUAUUAAGCUUAUAAUAAUCUUAUGAGGUCUAGCAAACCUUUAGCCAUGAGCUUUUCUGUUAUGUUUCUUUAUUGGUUGCCCUGUGCACCAAGUGACAUUUCCAUUGCUAUUUAAUAAUUAUUCCUCGAGCACGAAUGGGCUAUUGACUCAGAGGCCAUGAGGGCGAGAGGAAUAAUUGUUUUAGUAAAAUCCAACUAGUUGGUCUAAAAUAUCGAGAAUAAAAACAUUUUACCCAGUUAAAGCCAGACUUUGAUCCUUUUUUGCCGUCAAAAAGCCUGCGCUUUUCGCUACUAGUGGGCUAUAACAUAUAGCCUACUAGUAGCUCAACCAAUCAGAACACAGCAUUGAUAAUAGACCACUAGUUGGAUUUUACUAAAAGCUAACAUUAUUUUUUGACAAAAUAGAUUUUAAGGUUACUUUCACUCAUAUCAAGAUAGUAGCUAACUGCGUUGAUGCUGCUGGACCUUACCAAACUCUUAGGCCUGGCCUUAGCUAGGCUCAAUCUCCAGCCUUGGGUGUCUUGAUGCCCCCACAGUACUCGCGGGCACAUGGAGACACCCAAGGCUGGAGACUGAGCCUAGGCUUUAGCCUGCUCCCCAAUCCCCCUCCCAUUUCCAUCCCUUCUGAUCUCCUAGACCCCUGGUUUUCACAUGCAACCCUAGCACUAAUGCAUUCAGCAAAUCAGGGCAAGUGCAGAUGCAAAUGAUAUUCACACAUUUAAGGUAAACAGAAGGAAAGUACUAAGAUUUGCAUGUGCAAUCCAAGUCUUUACCCUUGAGCCACGCUGGUACAAUGUAUGGAACUGAUGAAACCUGAGUAUAUGGUUUUUACCUUGUAUUUGCACUUGCUUUGCACUACCUGGUUCACGCAUACAGAAUGCAAAUGCAAGGGGAACUGCAAGGGUAAGAAAGUAAAAUGUUUUCCAUUUCUUGCAUUAUUACUGGUUCUGCUAGUGCUUGUUUUGUAUUUGCAUGUGCGUUUGCAUCACACUUGUACAAGAUGCCAGCAUUAGCUUUUCCUCUUCUCUUCCCAUCUCCUCACCUCCAAAAAUGAUCUGCACUAAGCUUACCCAUCCCACCUUCCAUGUCCAGCCUCAUGUACACAAUGUUUAGUUGCCACAUGUGGGGGAUUUAAUUUGUGUUUUUAGUCUUAAAAGGCACCUUGCAAACCUGCAGAAAGAACUUGCAUAUAAGGAUGAAAAACUAAAAAGGUAAGUUAGAGCACCAAGUUCUUACAAAGGAACUUUUAUUCACCGUUAGAUGUAUAUGUUACAGCUCAAAUUUGAUUUAACCUAGGUUGAUUCUUGUUUCCCUCUGUCUCCUAGUCCUAGAAGACAAAGGAAGUUAAGAAUCAACCUUGAUUAAUUUUUUUUUUUUUGGAAAUCAAAUUUAACCUGUAACAUAUAUAACAAAACUGUUAGAAAAUAUCUUAAACCCCUGUGACCAAAACAUGGCUUUCAUCAUUAAUUUUAUAAGAAUUGUAAAUGUAUCGAUCAGUAAGUAUUAAAUUAAUUCGUUCAAUUUGAAGUUGCUGAAAGCUUCCUUUCAAAGUCAGCUGUGCCUCCAGUUGGAAAUGCAAUAAAGUUAAAUUAAUUUUUGCAUGUGAAUUAUCGAUAGGCACUAGAACUAUCUUUCAGAGGCUAACUGUAAUUAUUGGAAUUUCCUCAUGAGGUCAUUAUUCUUACAUUUUCUGCUGCUGAAUAGACUGUGAUGUUCACAUGAUCAUCCAAACCACACAAAGGUCUACAAUCCCAGACAAAACUACUUGAGAAAAUUUUUUCCUCAUGUCCAUCCUUUUUAAAACAAAACUUUUCCAAAACGAUUUUUGGUAAUAUGGCAAGAAAACCCUUCCCCAAGUUUUUAAUUAUUUGAUACAUUAAUGACAUUAAUGACUGUGUCACAUUCCCAGGCAAGAAACUUUGAAUAUUUGGACAACAACAUUGCUUCAUUAUUAUUAUAUAGAUCAAGAACCGUUAUUAGCUAAGAUGUUUAGAAAAAUGCUGUCCAAGUAUACAAUUUUCUCAACAGUUUUGUCCAAGAUUGUAGCUACUGACAAGGCAAAGGCAAUUCCCUCUUCUAAUCAUUUAUCCUUGUUUAUCCUUUUUUAAAUUUAUUUUACUUCUUUUAUUUCUUAAGUUAAUAUUUUUUUAGAAUUUGUAAAUGAAGCCACUUUUUCAGCGCACUUUAAUUAUUUGAUUUUGUUAAUGACAUUAAUGACUUUGUGAAUUGAUUCCCAGGCAAUUGAAAUAGGAUUUUAAUAUUCAGACCCCAGUUGAAAGCAUCAUUAUUAUAUAUUGAUUGUUAUUAUUAUUAUAAUAAUUAUUAUUCUUAUCAUUAUCAUUAUCAUCAUCAUCAUUAUCAUUGUUAUUAUUAUUGCUUUUCUCAACUCUGUGUGUUUUAAGUGUUGUUAUUAACCCUACAGGAAGACUGAAGACUUAUCCAAAAUGGACUGCUGGUGGAGCCGCUUUCGUCUAGCAAGUGAGCGUAGAUUCAAAGGUACGUGCAACUCCUUGCUGCCAAUUUCAAACUGGGCAUUGAUUUUUCUUUUAACUGAAUUAUUAAUUUGAAAAAAAUCUCCUCUUUUACUGUCAAACUUUACCUGGACUUAUUGUUACAGUCAUCUGUUUAUGUAACAUAAAGAAAAAUUUUAAAAAAAAUGUUUCUACUUGUUUAUUUUUUCACAGCAAUGAAAGAUCAUGGGAACUUCCCACCUCACAUUCGUGAAGAGUUUGUUUGUAGGGAUAUUGAUGAGCAGAUGUAAGAGAAAUAAUUUGUUAAUAUAUAUCUAACUAUAACUUCAGUUCUAGGAAAUUAACCCCAUCUCCCCAUAGCUGAUGCUAGCGUUAAACUCCCAACUUCUCAACAAAUCCUUACUAGUUAGUUUUAAUUUUUAUAGUUAGUAUAAAUAAUAAAUAAUAUUAAAAAUCACUGAUCUGCAAAGUGGCUAGGUGCAGGUUUGUUCCCUCCGGACACUAUUGUUGCCCUUUAUAUAAAUACAAUAUUUCUGUAAAUACUGUAUAAGCGCCCUUGCUCUGACAAACACCCUUCUCCCAAAUAGGUGCCUAUUCCCUUGGCCAUAACAUCAAAAAAGUGCCCCCUCCCCCCUCCCCCCUCACUUUUUUUAAAUAGUAGAGAUACAAGAGGAAUACGAUAAUCUGCAUAUCAUUGGUGAGGAUUAUCCCCAGGAUGAUGAGAUUAAUUUAUUUAAACACUCAUAUUGUAUCAAUUAAGUGCCGUUCUUCCAAAAAGUAUCUCUCCUUUUAGCUGAAAUUUUGAAUUUAAGUGCCCAGCCACUCAUUCAAGGAAAUAUGGUAGAAAUGGUAAACACAUAAAAAAUGGCUGCCCUUUGUUCAGUGAGGGAUGUAAAACACAAAGAUGUUUGACCAUUAUUUCAGGAAAGAUAUCCCUGAAGAUUAUUUUUCUGUGAAAGAUAACGAAAGUAGCAAGAAGUAUAGAAACCUUACCACAAUAAAGUGUAAGAAGAAAGUUCGGUAUGACAAAGUUUCCAGUACAACAUCAAGUAGAGAGGAAAAGAAAUGUUACAGUUAUAAAGGUCAUGGACAGGUCUACUACGAAACAAAUAAGAAGAAAAAUAAUGACGAAGAGAAUGUGUUUUAUGAUCCUAAUGAAAGUACAAAACUAUACCACAAUGAGUGUCCUGAGCAAGGCCCUGAUGUGGAGGUACUGGGGUCGGAUGAACUGUCUGUGCACCAAAAGAUUUUGGUGCCAGAGACUGAAGAUGUCCCAUGUUCCCCUCUGCAAGAAGAUGAUAACAAGCCUGUUGCUGAUAAAGGUAGAAUUCACCCUGAGGUUAUUGUGCCAGAUACUGAAGUAGAUGAUUACGGAUUACACUGCUCCAUAGGAGCACCCUCCGCUGCAAGCACUCCUUUAGGGGCUGCCAAUUCACCUCUGUUUGGCUACAAUAAUUGUGAUGAUAGCAAAGAAGUAAGUGUUGGUAUUCUGGAUGGUGUAACUGGGAAAUCACCCAGUAAUGACACUGUUAAUCUUCUAACAGCUGCCAAGAGCCAGUUGGCUCAUUUGCCCAAAUCAGAUUCACAAUUUCCGGUGGACUUGUCGUACACUCAGCCGCAGUCACCAACCAUUCCAAGCCGAACACAAUCACUAAAUCAAGAUAUGAAUCUAACAGCAGACUGCUCAGUGUCACUUCUUCCUCAUGGAAUGGGAAAUGAAGAAGUGGAAUCCAGAGCUGAUUAUAAAAUGGGGCAAAAUACAGUUAAGGAGAGUGGUGACACAGUGUUUAUGAACAAAGAGGCAAAUAAAAAGACAGAUCUCAAGAGGGAAAGAAAUGUUAAUAAUGAUCCUGGAAAGAUGUCAAAACAAACAACCCUUGAUGGAAAACUGUCAAAAAUCAAAGCAAGCACAGAUGAUCAAAAUAAUAGUGGUUAUAAGAGGAAAAGGAGAAGUUCAACUGAAGCAGAUGACAACAUGUGGCCAUUGGAAAGCAAACAUGUAAGUCUAAGGAUGAUGUACAAUCACUUAAUCUUCUCUUGCCCUCCUUCCUCAACAGCAUCCAAAAGGUUUUUUAGCAGGUUCUCCAGUCUUUGCCUCUCCUCAAAAUUCAAUUUUAUUUUCCUCACAACUUAUUUACUAAUAUUUAAUUACAGCCUUUUUUUGUUUAGGGUUAUACUCUUUUUAUUCAAUUAACAUUAAUAUUCAAGUACGGUGGCUAAAUAAACCAUUUCUUUUUCUAGUUGCUCCCAUACAAUACCAAUUACAUUUCUUUAAAUACGGCUGAGAAACCAGGAAGAGCAAAAAAAAGAAAUUAAAAAAAAGUGAAAUCCAAAUUCCAAUUGGCGAUCUGGAAAAUGCCUCCAGUUAGUUGGGGAUGCUUAAAUGGGCCACAUCUUCACCUAUUCUUUCGACAUUCUUUAAACUUUCAAGUGUCGCACUCUCUAAAUAUUAAACAGUAGUUAAUUUGGUAUGUGGGUUGUUUUUUCCCCCAUUAGUUGAAGAUACUUGCGGCCAUUCUUUAAACUUUCAAGGACUUUUUCCUCUCACUAACUGACGCUACUUUUUUGUUACAUAUAUGUCAGCUUUUCUUAGUCUUUGCACUCGCUUACUCCCAGCAGGAAGAGCCAAGUGAUACUGUAUUUAAAGUUCCUGUAUUGCCACCUCCAAAAACACCUGAAGUAAUUCUCUUGGAAGAUUUCCCAUCUCACGUGACCCGGAAAAAGUCUUGCAAUACACUUCUGAGUAACAGUGGAGACAUAACUGAGCUAAACAAUGGCACAAUGGAUCAAUCUGCUGAUCUGUUUGCAAAUAUAGAUGACUGUCAUUCACCAGGUAAAGAAAAACUAGUAAGAAAUUGGUUGCUUUCCAUUCACACACUCUGGAAAUUCACGUGCGACCUUUCAUACUUUGCCUAGUGUAUUGUGUUUUAUUGCCCGACUGUGAAAAUUCACCCUUAGACUUAUUAUUACAGAGGAAAAAAAAUCAAUUCUUAGUGAUUUGAUCACUUGCGCAUGAUUUGUUAUGUUUUGGUAGACCUUCGUGGCGAAGAAAGAGAAAAGGACCCACCCUUGGGAAGCAGUCAAAAGGAAAAUUUUACAUCAAACAAGAACUGUGCCACAAAAGCUAAUUUUAAAUACGUGGAAGUAGUACGAAAAAAGGACGAGAGAGCCAAGCUAAACGGCUAUAAAUGCCGGGAAUGUCAAGAGGUAUCGUAAAUACAGCUGUAAUUGAAUUUUAUUUACAUUUUAGUUUAUCUUUCCCUAUUUCAUCUCUCCCAAGCUCAUUAUUGCGCCACUGGACUUGCCUCAUCCUUCAUUUCGCCAACGAUUUUUAUCUGUUCAUUUGCCGCAAUAUCAGUAUCAUUUCAGGUAUAGAUGUGAUCCUAUGCAUUUACAUUUUCGUUUGUGUGUCUCUAGACCCUUUUGAUUGGGACCAGUUAGCGAAAAUCCAUCAAGAAAAAACGCCUUAACCGUUUAAGCCCCAGUAGUGACCCACAUCCAAUUUCUCCCAACAAUAACACUACCUGAUCAAACAGACAGGUGAUGAGAAUUACUGAAAUGAUCAUUAAAGAUGGAAUGUUGUGAUGUUAGAACAAACUCUCUCUAGCCGUACCAUAAAGAAUGUAUGAAGAACAAUGUGGAGAAGAUGCAUGUUGAUAUCGGGGCUUAAAGGGUUCAGAUCAGUAAAGUUGCUCAGUUUGAAAGUGAUAAAAUUUACAGACCUUUGUAGGGUGGGGGCAGUUUCCGUUCGUGUAAAAUUUCGCAACUUUGUGGACUGGCAACAUCUUCGCUUUAUUUUUACGUAUCACCUUUAAACUUGGUAAGUUACCUUAUUUUAAAGCCCUUUUUUCAGCAGUGUCGAUGGGUAUUAUAUUCGCUUACUGCUCUUCAUCCAAAGCUCAAAGAAACCGUCUAUAGAAUUUUUGCUUACAUUAAGCUAAACAUCAUUGUUUUUUCCUUUUCUUCUCAGUACUACCAAGGUCUUAAUCUUCCAGAAGAGGAACUAAAGAAGCGUUUGAAACACUGUUCUCGUCACCGAGCCAGGUUUUCCCCGCCUCCUUCAACCCCUCCCGGGUUCUGGAACUUGAGUUUCCCAGAUACGCAAGAAUACAUGGACAAAGGUUAUUUAAAAACCGCAUCGGAAGUUCCUGCGCCGAAACGGCUGCGAAGAAUUCGACGAAAUAGAAUAGCGAAGUGAUAACUGAUACAUUUUGGAAUGGAAGGUGUCCCAGGACAAAGCGAAGGAGCCUUUGUCGUUUGAAAAAAAAAUACAUCACAAUUUUUAAUCGUUAACAUGGAACCCUGCUCUGCGGCACCCGGUAAAAGGGUUUAAAGUAGCCUGCGUAGCAGGCGCUUGGAAGUAGUGGGCACAAGAAAAAACGGGUGCGCGAGAAG